CUUACCACAUCCAACCCCAUUGUCUGUUAUCGAGCAUCGUGCCCUGCAGCUGAACGACACAGAGACGGUGACUUGUCAAUCAGCCGCCAUCGGAUGAUGUUCAAAGCCCGUCGUUUUUGUUCUAGCCAUCCUUUGGCAUUCUACUUCACUUGUUCGGCGUGAGACAUGAUGACCUCACCUCACCGCAAGAAGGCACGCAAAGAGUCUGAGGCUUCUUCAGCAUGCCGCAAAAUGUCUCAAGGCUCCGUGGAGGCCUCUCCCAGUAGCCAGCCUAUGACUCUUGAGCGCAGAUUGAAGAAACGGGAGUCUGACCGCAAGUGUCAGCGGGUAUCUCGAGAGCGCACCAAAUCCCGCAUUACGUAUCUCGAGAAUCUCGUCGAAAAGCUGAGCCAGGCCGAUGACUCGGGGAAAGUCGCAUCACUCUUGGACAACGUCUCUCGACUGCAGGAAGAACGUGAUUCGCUUGCUGCAAAGAUCAAAAGUAUUGAAAGCAUUCUGUUUCCUGCACAGCGACCAAUGGCGGCGGAAAGCACAAAGCUUCAGAGCACCGUGUCUUCGCUGCCCGAAGUGCCCUCGUCUGGUUUCAGUCCUGUGCAGGAUAUGUCGACCGCAGCCUCUGCGCAUCGAACAACCAGCGAAGCACUCAAGGAUUCUCCAGUCGAGGGUGCUCCCCAAUCAUUUGCAGACCAAGAUAUGGCUUCCCGGGACCUUGGUAAUGUAUCUGAAGCCUCUCGUGAUCUGAUUAUGCAUCCGACUUUCUCCUCACACGGCAUUGGAAACGCUCAAUACAUGCCAUUGUUUCCGCCUCUGGGGAAACACGUCUGCGAGUGCAGAUAUGCCCGGUCCGUGCAGAACCAGGCUCUCAACUUUUGGUACCAAGGCAAUUCAACUCUAUCCGCCUGGAUGAAAUGGCCAAAAUUGGUACCACCUGUGCCGGAAGAUGAUCCAUACCACGAUGACACCCCAGUCCGUGCUGUUGUCGAGGGGUGGGACGCCGUCGAACGACGAGGACACGUUCAUCCGAUGUGGCGGCUCCUGCGGACCAUGGACGAAGGACUCUUCAUCCAUGCAGAUACCCCCCAGAACCGCCUGGGCAUUCUGUACAAUGUCAGCCGAGUACUCACAGCCCACCUUGACACAACAAAAAAGCGAUAUGGGAGACUACCUCAAUACUGGUUGAGCAGGGCGGGUGCUCAACAUUGCGCGUACGCUACCAAUUUCGUGGCUUGGCCCGGUGUUCGCCAGGCUUUAGACUGUGACGAACAUCGAUUUUGUUCGAAUCAUUUCUGGGAGACCUUCAUCAAUAACAUGCGAGUGGAUUGGCCCUAUGAGCUUCGCGACUGUUUUCUCUUCAAUUCCGCGAAGGGGCUCUACAAACUAUCUCCUCUCUUCGACGAGACUCUGAAAGACAUCCAGAAGAUCGGCGUCUCCAGAUCCUUUUUUCAGCACUAUCCAGAGCUCGGAGAUGCAGUGAACGUCGUGGAAGGCUCGAAUCAACUCGAAGGACGCACACAAGUGUUCCAGUAUGGUCGCUUGGAUGUCAAUGGACUGCAUUUGGUGCGACAACAGUAUUCUGAAGAGAGUAACCCUGAAUCAGUCGCAGCAGUCAGAAACACUGGGCAGUGGCCGACAACAGGAACCAUCGCAACGCUGCUCGACAGUCCUUGCUCUACGGCCACAGAUUCUUGGAACGCGCUCAGUUCACUUCCGGAAGCUUCUUAUAUCUCGACCCGAGACUUCAUCUGACAGCUGCCCUUGCUCCAGUGGUCAGCUAGUCUAGGCCUUCCAGAGCAGCUGGACGUCCCUAGUAGGCUAUGGAGGUGGAAGUACAUGAUGAUGAUAGGUGUUGUACCAUACACAAUCUUCCAACCAGAUUGAUGGAAAGAGAUCAGCUUGUCCAAACGGUAUCAAAGAGAUAGUCGACGUGCGACAUUUCUUCAGGUCACUGCCACCCAAGCAAUCAGAGGCUGUGGUAGGGUUCAAUUCAGCCAACUUCAGCUAAUGUCAUUUGCAAGUACAAGUGACGACGGGACUCGAGAGUUACAGCCCUAGUUACAGGCUUUAUGUACAAUUAUCUGUAGUCCUUCUGACUACAGCUCUCUUUCGAUCAGCUGUGAAGUCC